AGGUGACUGAGCACAAAAUGCCGUGGCUCAGCAGCACUCACACCAAACGUCUACCGGAUGGAGGUGUCAUCAACUUCUCUGAGAUGAGCGGCGGGGUUGCGCGAAAUGUGGAAAAUGGAGAAGAGGACAACAAGGCGAACGUUCAACGAUGCAGUCGGCUUAGACUCACUCUGCAAGAUCAGGAUCAGGCAGGCUGUCCCUCGGCUCGGUACGGCAACAAGGAGAGCAGCAUAGCGGUAGUGCUGCCACAUAAACCAGAAAAGCAGGAAGAAACAUUUGAGCUCAUCACUCCCACAGAAGAAAAAGUUGAAGUCAUUAAGGUUUACCUUGAAGCCCGUCCAGAGAAAACAGAGAGUGUCAGAAUGCUGACGGACGAGGUGACGCAGAUUCAGGAGGUAAGGUACUGUCUGAAGACUCUGAGAGAGCAGAUGGCAGCCAGGCAAAACAGUAAAAACCACAAGUAUCCCGUCAAUGGCAUCAGAGUCAACAAGCCCAGCAGCCAACCAGCUGUCACCAAUGGCAACACUGUUCUCAUUGAGUCAGAUGCCCAUGUCGAGGAUAAUCAGGAGGAGAGUGUGAGGCUCAGGGAGGCCAGCAAGCGUCUGUAUGCGCAGCUGAAGGAAAUGGAGAAGAGGCAUCAGGAGGAGAGGGAGAAACUGCAGGCCGAGUCAAAUGCAUAUUUCCUUCGUCUGGCUGACCAGUCUGAGCGGCUACAGAAGGCUGAGGAGCAGUCAGAGGAGAGGGGCCAGAAGGUGGAGGAGCUGCAGAGGCUGCUGGGAAGCAUGGAGAUUGAGAGCUGCAUCCUCAAAGACAAGAUGGCGGCACAGGAGGCAGAGCUGCAGCAGCUUAAAGCAGAUAGGGAGGAAGAGCAGAAGGAGAAGAGGCGUGCAGAGCUGGAGAGGGAGGUGGCCGUCCUGAAGGAAAAGAUUCAUCACCUUGACGACAUGUUAAAGAGUCAGCAGAGGAAAGUCCGCCACAUGAUCGAACAGCUGCAGAACUCCCGCACGGUCAUCCAAGAGAGAGAUCGAGUCAUCAUGGAUCUGGAGGAGAAGGUGGCUUUCCUGGAAGCUGAGAACAGAGAAAUGCAUGACCACAUGGAGUACUUCCUGGCAGGCCAGGACCCUCUGCCCCUGACGUCCACUGAGAACAAGCCAGAGAUUGUUUACAGUAAACCACUCACACCGUCAACACAGAGCAACAAGGCCCUCCCAUUCAUCAAAGUCAUUGAGACCAAGUCCUGAAUGGAGUGUCAACCAAAGGAAUGAAUACAGUGUACAUAUAUAUAUAUAUAUAUAUUUAACCACCUACCAGUUUAUUAAACAUAGGUCUGCAGUGAUUUAAAAAAAAUGGUUUAACAGACCUAAUGGUAACAAAGCACAUUGUUAGUACCUUAUAGUUACUUUUGAGGCUGUUCUGAAUACCUUUACUGGCGUCCUCAGUGUCAAACAGAAUCUAAAAAAAGGAAAGUUAAGGGGAGUGCCAAGUUGGAUCCAGUGGUAAGGGGAAUCCUAAAAAGCAAACAAGGAAGCUGUACUGUGGAAAUUAUUUUAUUGAACUUCUCAGAUGUACAUAAAUCUGAGCAGGAUGUGCUUUGUCAGCAAGUCUUGGCAGUAGGAAAGAGUUCAGCAAACUUCUAAGGUGUUCCCACCUCCACUUCUCUCCCACUUUAGAAUCUGAAAUAAGCUGUGUCAACAGGUCAAUGUAAACGGUGGGUCCGGAUUAAAAACUGUUCUGUUACUAUUGUAAAUGUCUUUGUUAUACAUUCAGUUCAACUGAGAUUUCAGCACAUCUUCGUCCUACGGCCUGCUUGGCCAAAAUCCUAAGCAGCAGUAGGGUUUGGGGGUCAGAUUCUUCAGUGUUUUGCACCACAUUGCCAAUGGCAGGAAUGCAGCUGGUUAUGUCAAUGUUGAAAUAUGAUUUAUGUUUCACUUAAAAAAGUUGCUCUGACAUUAGAGCGGGUUGAAUAUAAUAAGUGAUUAUUCUAUUUUAUAUAUUAGACUUCUGACCUUAUUUGUUUUACUUAAGCUGGAGAAUACCGCUGAUAUCAACAUUUAACAAUUCUCAUCUACGCUGCCAAGUUCUGCCUCAACACCCUUAUUAUAUAUAUUCUGUUUUGUACUGAAAGGUGGCAUAUUUAAUAACAAUAACUCUGAUUUGACUGACAAACUUGCUUCCUUAUAUAUUUAUGCAUUGUUUGUACGGACUUGGCAGAUUUUUUUCUGUAAAAAAAACUUUGUUGCAAUCUAGGAUGCACAUUUUUUUAUAAAUCUUAUUAAUUAACAAACAAUUCACUGUGAACAUUGUAGAUGGAUUAAUUGAAUUUCAGUCUGUGUCCCUUUAUUUGUAGAUGUUGUCAAAUAGAAUGUAAUACCUGGUUUAUCAGAUUCAUUUGUUGUAGCUGUUACUUAUGAAGUUUUACAAGCCUAAUUUUUAUUAUCUCUGUUGUUGCGUCUUUACUUAAUAACCUUGUACUGCCACCUAUUGGACAUAUUAAAGACACAAGAUAUGAA